CACGGGCGUGUUCCAAGCAUGCUUCGCUUACUUCCGGACCCAUGCGGGUAUAGAUAGGCGCCCGUCAUGGAAAGUCCCCGAAAACGUCCCGUGAACGUUCCCGAUGCUGCUAUAAAACACCUAGGAACUCUUAUUUUUCUUCAAAGAUCUUUCUCAACUAUAGGAUCAUAACCACCUCAAACCAUCGUCUCGCUUGCCUCCAUCUCUCCACCAUCAGUCAUGGCGGACACAACGAAGCCCCUGGCUCACUUCGACGACUCCGCGCAGUCGUACGAGAAGAACACGGGGGGCUGCACCCGAGAACUCGCCGAGCGCAUCCUGCCCUUCCUCGACGACGUCGCCGCCGACUCCGUCGUCCUGGACAACGCGUGCGGCAGCGGUAUCGUCACGGACGUGCUCCUCCGGCACUUCUCCGCCGCGCCGCCCCGGAUCUUCGCCACCGACGGCGCCCCGAAGAUGGUCGAGCUCGUGCGGGGCAGGUUCUCGGGCGACGAGGGCGUCACGGCCGCCGUGAUGCCCGGCGAGGCCCUCGACGUCGCGGACGCCACGUUCACGCACUCGGUCACGAGCCUGGGACUAAUGUUCUUCGCCGACCCGGCCAAGGGUGCCGCGGAGAUAUACCGCACGCUGAAGCCCGGCGGCACCGCCGUCGUGACGGGGUGGGAGGAGCUCGGGUACGUCCCGAUCGUCCGCGAGGUUCAGCGGGAGAUCCGGCCCGCGGACGAGCCGUUCAACUACCCGAUCGGCGCCGACUGGUUCGACCCGGCGCACACCGAGCGGGUCAUGAGAGCAGCCGGGUUUGAAGACGUGGAGAUGAGAAGUGAGCUGGUCUACUGGGCCGAGAAGACUGCGGAGGAGGUCGCGUCCUUUAUCGCAGAGAUGUUUGGGUCGAUUGCGUUCAAAGACUGGGACGACGCGGAGAAGAAGAGGGCGGAGAGUGUUUUGAUGCAGAUCGUAAGAGAAUCGACUGUGGAUAUCGAGAGAGGCGGGACGAGGUGGGUGGGAAUCAAGAUGAAGGCCAUCGUAGCGGUGUGCAGGAAGUAAA